AUGUGGGCAACGGUGAUUGUGUUCUCCGCUAUCGUGACUUUGGUUAACGCUGCCGCAUGGAAUGUUCGGGCCCAUGUUGGCCAAAGCGUAGCACUUAAUAUUGGACCUGGUGUUGUGACAUGGAAAAGGCAAAGACCAGGGUACCCAGCCGAGUACAUUGAGUAUUGUGAGCCAGAAGAUAAAAGGGCUAUAUGCGGUCAAUUUGUCACAGCGGGUACAAUGUACGGCAAGCCAAUAAUCGUUCUUCUCGUUCUAUUUGCAUGCGCUAGUGCGGGAUGCUUGAACGGCUUGAUGGACAUGCUUUCGAGUUGCAUAUGCGGAGGCAAUGACGAAAAGAACACCUGUCCGAAACUAAUGGAUAGAAAUGUUUUAGUAAAGGUUGGUUUGGUUGAUUUUAAUCUUGGAUUGUGA